AACAAACACCGUCUACACAACGCCUUCUCUCACUGCAAGACAAAGCCAGGAUUUUAUUUCACAAUCAUACUUUCACCCAAAAAAGACACUCGUAACACCUCUGAUCGCCACUGCCACAUCUACCACAUCAUCAACACCACCCUAUCAGGCGUCAAAUUCAAUCUGAACCUCAUGCCAGAGUAG